AAAACAAAACAAAUUGCUCUACAACACCUUUAGUAAAGUGUUCUGUUCAACUCAUUUUCAUAAAUUUGAGCCCCAAAGCGCCUAUGAUUGGACAAAUCAACCUCACCAAAGAGUCUCUGAAGCUUUCCAUGAUAUGAAGAUCAUCUGAACAGCUACUAGACGGACCCUGAACUCAGAUGGUUUUAUCAACUAACUGCCUUUUCUCUUACUCUGCAUGAGUGCAUGUGAUUGGCUGCUGGGAGUUCACAGAGAGAGAAAGAGAGAGAGGGGAAGAUACUGCCCUCUCUGAUUGGCCGGGAGCAGACGAGGGCAGGUACUGUGUGUGAACAUAAAUACAGUGCACAGCCUGACAGGCACAUUCAUCUGCUAUCACCAUCCUUUCUGACACCACCACAUCCAGCUCAAAGCCCAGUUUUCAGACAAGGAGCUGCAGGCAAAGAAGAAAGAUUCUUUUCAUACAGUGUUUUGGAGAAAAAGAGCAGCAGGAACUCAACAUGUCUUUUGAAGCGAAGGAGAAGAAGGAGGUGCGUCUGGUGUUUUUGGGAGCAGCUGGAGUGGGGAAGACAGCCCUCAUCCAACGCUUCCUCAAAGACACGUUUGAACCCAAGCACCGGCGCACAGUGGAGGAGCUCCACAAGAAGGAGUACGAGGUGAGGGGUGUGAAAGUCACCAUCAACAUCAUGGACACCAGUGGCAGCUACUCCUUCCCUGCCAUGCGUAAGCUCUCCAUCCAGAACAGCGAUGCCUUUGCCCUGGUCUACGCCGUGGAUGACCCUGAAUCCCUUGAGGCGGUCAAGAGUCUGCGAGAGGAGAUCCUGGAGGUCAAAGAGGACAAGUACACACCUAUUGUGGUGAUAGGCAACAAGAUAGACCGUCACAAUGAGCGUAGGGUGUCCAGUGAUGAUGUGCUGUCCACUGUGGAGCUGGACUGGAACAACAGCUUCUUGGAGUCCUCUGCCAAAGACAACGUCAACGUGCUGGAGGCUUUCAGGGAGCUGCUCCAGCAGGCCAACCUGCCAAGUUGGCUCAGUCCAGCGCUGUGCCGGAGACGGGAAACCUUCCCCAAGAAAAGCAACCAACGACCUCCGAUGAACAAGACCAACAGUUGCCUCAUCUCAUAAUGGUGUGGAGCUGCUCGGAGGGGAAACGACCAAAAGAGACUGCCUGAAAGUGACUGAAAGGGCUUUUUUGGUGGGGCGGGGGGAGAAGCAAUGCAGUGUGUUUAGACUCAAACACUGAGUCAGUCAGUUAUAUCUGUAUGUCCUGCGUGACAGCAUUGCUUCACAACAGCAUUAGAGACACAGAAAUGUUACAACAAUAAAGAGGCGCCACCCUAAUGACUUGAAAGAAUGUGGUAGAACAACAGUUUGAACAGUGGGACAAAAAAAACAAGAAAACGUGCAGACACUUCUUACUGUGAAUGUCAAAAAAAAGAAAAAAGAAAAAGGAAUAAAUAGUGACAGCAUUAUGUAUCAUGAGCCCCGAUUUCUCAUUCAGGUGUAUGUGUGAUGUUUCAUUUUUUUGUUUUUAUGUUUCUGGUGUUAAAAAAGUGCAAUAACCGUAAAAGUGAUAAUGCAAAAGUUUGUUUACAUAUGAUCAUCUUCGUGAAUAAAGUGAACAACAGAAGGAGAACCCAAAUUAGAAACUGUAUAUAUAUUUUACAUCAUGUUGUGAUGUCUGCUUUGUAAGAUCUUAUCAUGCACUUUGCAUUUACCAUGUAAACCAUUAUUUUGCAUUACAUACUUGCUGGUGAGCUGUGAGUUUGCCUUAUUAGAUAACUGACUGUUUCACAUAAUGCACCGUGUCCUUAAAAAAUCUAUUUUCUUUUUACUAUAACACUACGAAGGCCGAGGUGAUGUUGGAUGUUCUCAGUGCUUAUUUUAAGAUAAAUAAAUGAGUUUUUUUUCACCACAUAUUUUCAGUCUCACUGCUCGUCUCAUCCACUCACACAUUAUUUCGCAUUUUUGCAGCUUUUUGAUGUGACAGAAUAGAAAAAAAAGGUAGUAUAGGAAGAAAGAGGCAUAUAAACGUAUGAUAUUAGGGUAAUCUGAAAUACAAUGAAAGUGAAAUAGCUUACAGGGGUCGUAAACUCCUCUAAAUAUAUUGUGGUGAAUUAGCAGUGGAUGUAACAUAGAAUGUAUUCUUCUGAACUUAAAUCUCUCGUAGCACAUAUUUAUCUGGUGUAUUAAAUGACUGUAAUUCCACACCGAGUUGUAUUGUUUCUGUACAGAACAGCGCUCGACUGAAAAGCAAGAACUUCUGCACGCCCUGGCUGACCUUUAAAGUGACUGGUGUAUAUUUUCAUGCAUGUACCCUGCAAAAAAAACACA